AUGGCAGCACAAAGAAAGAAACGGCCCUCAGUCCCCAGCAGCUCUGGAUUGCCCAGCUACGGGAGCGGCUGUGGUAAGGAAGGAGCAGAGGGUGCUAAGAAUCUCUGGGCUAGGACAGGCUCCUUAAAGGAUGUGACCAUCUGUACAUAUAAUGUACGUUCCAUUUUAGGAGACGAUAGGCUAUAUGAUCUCGAAAAAGAACUAGGCAACAUCACAUGGGACAAAGUCGGAUUGUGUGAGGUUAGACGCCGUGGGGAACAUCUACAACAACUAAAAAGUGGUCAUUUGCUGUACACAAGGGGAAAGGAGGAAAGUAGCAUAGGAGGGGUGGGUUUCCUUAUUCACAAGACCAUAGCAUCCAAUGUCAUUAGCUACAAGAGCACUUCAGACAGAGUAUCCCAGAUUAUCCUAAAAAUCUCCAAGAAACAAACCAUGAAAAUCAUCCAAGUAUACCUUCCAACUUCUAGCCAUGCGGACGAAGAGGUUGAUAUGGUCUAUGAGGAAAUUGCUAAACUACUUGAUGAAGACAAAGCAAAUUUUACUAUAGUUAUGGGAGAUUUCAAUGCUAAAGUUGGUAAAAGGGAAGAUAAUAGUGAGAUGAUGCUAGGUAAAUUUGGAAUAGGCACUAGGAAUGAUAGGGGAGAUCGUCUACUGGAAUCUGCUUCAAGCAGAGGUCUUAAGGUAAUGAACUCUUUCUUCAAGAAAAAGGAACAUCGAAAAUGGACUUGGCAAAACCCAAAUGGCACUACCAGGAACGAAAUCGAUUUUAUUCUCACAAACAGACCGGACAUCAUUACAGACGUUUCCGUGCUUAAUCGUUUCAAUACUGGAAGUGACCACAGGCUUGUGAGAGCUAAAAUGCAUGUCAAUUUCAAGCUAGAAAGAAGUAAACUAAUAAGGAAGAAGAAUGCCAGCCUAAAUGUGGACAAACUUAAACAACGUAAGGAUGAGUUUCAACUACAGCUAAGGAACAGAUUCCAAGUGCUUCAGGAUGAAGUAAACCAGGAAGAUAUAAAUGAUAUCUACAAUAAAUUUUCUCACACUGUUCCAAACUUGUGCUCUUGA